CGGCGGGCGCGGCUGCUGUGCAUGCUGGCGCUCACCUUCCUCUUCUUCGUGGUGGAGGUGGUGGUGAGCCGCGUCACGUCGUCGCUGGCCAUGCUGUCUGACUCCUUCCACAUGCUCUCCGAUGUCAUGGCCCUGGUCGUGGCGCUGGUGGCCGUGCGCUUCGCCCAGCGCACCCGCGCCACCAAGAAGAACACCUUCGGCUGGGUGCGCGCCGAGGUGAUGGGCGCCCUGGUCAACGCCGUCUUUCUCACCGCCCUCUGCUUCACCAUCCUGCUGGAGGCCAUCGAGCGCUUCACCGAGCCCCACGAGAUCCAGCAGCCG